AUGUUGAGACAAGAGGAGGAGAUGAAGUUUAAAGAGGAAAUGUACACUCUUGAUGAAUAUAUCGCAAAGACCAACGGGAGGCCAUUGGUGUCUCGGCAGGACCUGGAGACCAGACUAAAUACCAUUGCAGAGUCCCAGGAGGAACAACUCAGCAUAUGGCAUGCCCUUAGCUACCCUAAACUCCGACUGAGACUCGUCCUUGUGUCAAUAAUAUCAAUUUGUAUAUACAUGUCGCAUGGAGUAACACUGAUGGGGAUUAAUAUCCUGCCCCACAACAUCUUCCUGAGCUUCUUCAUAUUGUCUGCGAGUCAGUUCCCGGGCAUGGUGGGCAGCUGGGCCAGUCUGCAGUACCUAGGGCGCCGCUUCUCCACCAUGUCCUGCUCUCUGCUCUCAGUGGCUCUCUGCUCCGCGGCCUCCUUCUGCUUACACGAAAUACCUUUGAAAUGCUUCUCCAUUAAUGCUUCUGAAACUGUUCUCUUCACUGCUGCAGACGAGUGGCUGCUGAUGUUGGUUAUCGGAGCCUUGAGACUGUGCCAGAUGAUGUUGAUCCAGGCGAUGUUUGUGGUUCUUACCGAGAUCUUGCCAACCCCCAUCAGGUCCUCUGGCCUCGGCCUCUAUAACGUCUUCGGGCUUCUAUCCAUGAUAUUUUCGCCUUAUAUCCUGCAUUCUGGUAUGGAUCCCGGCUUCCACUACUGGGUAAUGGCGGUGCUGAUGUUAAUCGCUUUCAUCCUGUGCAUCCCUCUGCCGGAGACGCUGGGGCUGGCCUUACCCCAGACCUUCCAGGAGGCUGAGCAUCUGGGUGCUGGAAGACCAGUCUUUACCUGGAUUCACAACUGGAACGUCACCAGAUAUCCGACAACCUGCAGCAAGACUGCUAACUCCAACAAUACAGAAAAUCCAACUACGGAAAAAAGUAUAGAACAUUAG